AUGGAUAAAGAAGGGCCCCAACAGCUCCGCGACCAACCUCAGCCUCAGGGUCCCGCCCCGGACGUGUCUUCGUCUCAGGAACAACAGCAGCAGUCGCCCACGCAGGCGACAGAGACGCAGACACAACAGUCCUCGUCGUCGUCACCCAACAGUUCAUCACAGAACCAGACCUCCAUCUCCCCCCCGGCGACCAAGUCCCUCCCUGCCACGACAGCCACGACGCCAAUGGCUACGCCAGAGCCAGCAGCCCGGCCCAAGAGUGCCCAGGAGUUGUUUCACCCCAAGAACAAGCGGAAGAGGACCAACUCCCACGACAAGGAGAUCCUCGAGGCCGCGUACCGCGCCAACCCCAAGCCCGACAAGGCCGCGCGUCUGGAGAUUGUCAAGAAGGUCUCGCUGAACGAGAAGGAGGUGCAGAUAUGGUUCCAAAACCGCCGCCAAAACGACCGCCGCAAAUCACGCCCUCUCACUACCGACGAGUUCAUCGUCAUUACCGACGCCACCCAGGUCCAGCCCGACGCGACAGGACUGUAUUACCCCUCCCCUGCUGGUCCCGCUCCGUCUAGCUCGUACUCUGCCCCCCCGACCGUGGCUCAGACCCCGGCCCCGGCACACAUGCAGCCGCCUUCGCAGGCCCCGAUGCGGACGCCCAUGUCGGCUCCUGAGCGUGUCAGACAGCCUCCUUUAUCAUCAUCUUCUGCGGGGGAUAGCUCGGCCGUCAAGGAGACGCCAGAGCCUGAUAGCGUGGCGUGGGAGCGCCGGUCGAUGAUUGGCUUUGACUCGGCCACCCCGAGUCAUGCCCCUCCCGGCACGACGCGCUCCGCGCCAGCGACGCUGACAAGGACAUUCUCUGGUGAUGUGGGCUAUCUCGCAAAUAGGUGGAAUACCGGCAGUGCGGUGACGACGCCUAGGACGCCGUUUACAUCUGAUACCCGCCCGCUGCCCCCACCAACUUCCUCCUCCUCCCAACCCCUCCGCCUCUCUCUUUCCUUAGACGGCAAAGCCGAGCUGGUCUCCAACCUGCCCUCUCCCCCACGCCCAACACCAACACCUCCAUUAGCCCCUCCCCCCAUUCCUCGUGCCGGUCUGCAGAGAAGUUACUCCACCUCCGCCGUCUGCUGUACCCCCUCCACGCCCAUAACCCUCCCCCCUCUGAGCUCCAUAACCUCGUCUCUUCCCCCACCAUCAAGUUCUAAGUCGACCCCCACGGCGAAACCGCCCCUCCCCCCUCGUCUGACAAGGGGACGCUCCCUGGAUGUUUCGGCAUGGGAGUUCUGCUGUGAUAGUGAGAGUAAGGGGGAGGAUGCUUUGUCGGUACAGGCGAAGCUGGAGAGUCAGAAUGCGAGGGAUGCGAUGGUAGAGAUUAAUUUGGUGAGGAGUACGGGGGGCGCGGGGGCAUACCUGGGACGGAGGAGGGGGUCGCUUGGUGGAGGGCAAGGAGUUAAAAGGCCGAGGGCUAGUCUGGGUACCAAUGGGAAGGUUGGGGUAUUGGGGGUGAAGGGAGGAAGUGUUCUCAAUCAGCAGCAACGGCAGCUUAUUGGUGCUCGGGCAGGGGAGAAGGUUGAUCUGACUGGGGCGAAACCUCCCGCCGGCAUUCAGAGCUACCGCAUCUAUGAUGGGGAUGACUCGGAUAAAGAGAACUGGUCGCCCGAGAAGGCGGAGUGUCUCAGCUUACGGAAGGAAUCCCCGCCGCACGGAUUUCGAGAGCACGCGGACCCGGCUGGCAAGGGAUAUGAUGCUCUCUACGACAGCACGCAAGUCGCAUACCGCUCCUGCGGGAGGGUCAGGCUCAAUGACCGACUUAUUCGAUCCCCGCCGACGAAGCGCUCACCGCCUAGCGUGGAGGUCUACCGCGAUGACGACGACGAUUCGGACAUUGAUGAAGAGGAUGAGCGCAGCUGUGAGGAGAGCAACUGCCAAGGAGAUGAAGCAGAGGGAAGAGAUGGCAGCUGCUGCCGCUCGAGUCCGACAAACUCGCAAGCUUCGGGACGAUCGUCGGCGCUGCUGGAUGAGGAAGUGGAACGAUUCAUGCAAAGUGUCAGUCCGAGUAAGAAGAGCGAUGCGGAUGCCGUGGCGGGGUUGUUGAGUUUGAGUCAGGGGAAUUGGAGGUGA